AUGAACGAGGAGUUGAAGCAGCUACUACCGAUUGAGGAGUCUGAGGUUGAGUAUGCCGCAGCCACCGAAUAUCAAGGCCAGGCCAUCAUGUUUUUUGCCGAGCUCCGCUCCAAGAUCGAGGAACUGGAGACUAGCAGAUAUUCCACGGUCGCAGCGACCGCAACAACUACACUUAGGGCACCUGACCCAGUCUGCAGGAUGAGAGCAUCUAGGUCAUUGAAACUGAAUAUCACUUCAUUCAGAGGGGACAUCACCCACUGGCGGAGCGAACAGUUCGAAGGAACGAUUCACUCCAACCAAGCGUUGUCAACGACAGAUAAGUUUUAUCAUUUGCACCGCUACAUGACGGGAGACGCCGCAGUGAAAAUUGAAGGACUAACUACAACAGAAACAUGCUAUGCCGAUGCCAUUCAACUGCUGAAGCAACGCUUCGGUGAUCAAAGAAGGAUAGAGCAAGGACAUCUGAUGGCUCUUCAAAACCUUUUACAUGUUCAAUCCUCUACAGAUACCCAAGGCAUGAGGAACCUGUACGACACUGCGCAGCUGAACAUCAGAGCUCUUAAGGCACUAAACGGGCCAACAUUUAGCUUCGCAGCCACGCUUCGCAAUACCCUCAUGACAUCGAUGCCUUACGACAUCGUGGUGCAAUACCACAAACAAAUUGCAUCCAAGCUCCCAAUCAACGGAGCAACAGCUCAAGUUGACGCAACCUCAUAG